AAUAUUUCAUCAUCACCAGUCAUAAGACAAUGUGGGUGUCAGGAUACAGGGCCAUUCAUGCUCAGCCACUGUCUCACAGGUCAGGACAGAGCCCAGGAUCAGCAUAAAAGGGCUGAGGGACAAGAUACUGCCAUACUUCUCCUGAGGUGUUCACAGAUCUUGAAGUACCUGUCAUCUUGCUCCGGAGCACUCAUCAGUUGAGAUGUCCUGCCAGCAGAGCCAACAGCAGUGCCAGCCCCCUCCCAAGUGUACCCCAAAAUGCCCUCCCAAGUGUCAGACCCCUAAGUGUCCCCCAAAGUGCCCCCCAAAGUGUCCUCCCAAGUGCCCCCCUGUGUCUUCCUGCUGCAGCUCUGGUAGCUGCUGUGGCUCCAGUUCUGGUGGCUGCUGCAGCUCUGGGGGUGGAGGCUGUUGCCUGAGCCACCACAGACCUCGCAGAUCUCUCCGUCGCCAUCGCCACAGCUCUGGAUGCUGUAGCAGUGGUGGCAGCAGUGGCUGCUGUGGCAGUAGCAGCGGCUGCUGUGGCAGCAGUGGUGGCAGCAGUGGCUGCUGUGGCAGCAGUGGUGGCAGCAGUGGAUGCUGUGGCAGCAGUGGUGGCAGCAGUAGCUGCUGUGGCAGCAGUGGCAGUAACCAACAGUCUGGGGGCUGCUGCUGACCAGUGCCAUGAAGAUCUCAAACAUGCUAUGCAGAGGAAGCCAUGUUUAGAAGACCAGCCAAUGCUUUCUGUUCUUGUGUUCUUCAUGUCCUUGUCUGUGAACUGCUGAAAUUCUGUAUCAGGUUAUGAAAUUGUCCCAGUGACCUAAUCUUUCUUCUUCAGUAUUUUGUGAAAAUAAAGUCUUGUUUAUUGAGUCUACCAAAA